AUGCUCUUAAGGAUUCGAAGCUGUGACCCUUUAAUACCUAUGCAGCAGUGGAUUCACACUGCUGAAUUAAAUUUGUCUGACAAAACGAGUUCCAUCGCCGACUUGUUGUAUAGUAUACUGUUAUUUAAUUUUGGUGAUUGUAAGGAUGGACGAUCGAUCCUUGUAGGACCAGGAAACCAAGCCAAAUAUGCAUUAGGAAAUGAAUUGUUUCUACAACUUGUGAAGGAUGAUUUUUCUUUACCAAUUUCUAUGUCAUAUCAUUUAUUUUUGAGUGAUUCAGAUAUAUUGGAAUUGCGCGUCCUUCCUAGAGAAGAAGCGUUGUUGCGAAGCUGCGAAGUUAUGGCUUUACGAUUAAGUUCAUCUGCUUCCCUGGAAACUGCUCUUCGAGAAUGGAGCAAAGCCAUACAGGGAAGAGGAAACAAAGCGCAUACCCAAAAUACUCAAGCUCCUAAACAAGCCAACUUAUUAGUUAGUUCCUCUUUACCGUACGCAACUCCGAACCAUAGUGACCUUACUACAAAAAAGCGUGAUGCGGCUGCUCCAACGGCAAGGAAUGAUACGUACACCUCAAAGAAAAGUAAGUUGGAUCAUUUUAUGGAAAGCGACAUUACUAUCAAUCCCAUGAAGGAAAAAGUCAAUUUUCAACCUUUGGCAAUGAAGAACCAACAAAACCCCGUAGAAAGCCAGAAGUCAGCAAAACCUUCUUCAAGCGAAUCUUCGGAAUCCGAUGAUUCAUCGGGUGAAUCCUCCUCUGCUGUUUCUGUAUCUGUAUCUUCUGAUGCUGCUUCCGUAUCCACCGCUGCCACUUCGUCAGAAGAGGAAAGUUCAGAAAGCAGCAGUUCUUCCUCUGACGAUACCGCUUCAGACUCAGACUCUUCAGCCAGCGACAGUGAGUCUUCCAAUUCUCAACAAUUGGAUCAUUAUGUUAAACAAUCAAAUGACGUGUCCAAGAGCAAUACUUCUGGGUUUUCUCACUCUCUAAAUACAGCAAACGAAAUGUCUUAUUUUCGUGAUUCCUCUGCCUUGCAUUCAACGAACCCGGAUACCCUUUAUUCUGGGAGUACAAUAGAUGGCGACCGAACGACACUUUUCGACACUACAGAUUUCCUUAAGUCCUCUCCCAAAAAUAAAAGACAAUCCAGUUUGGAGCAAGAAAGUGACAUUGUGUAUAAACGUUUCGGUGAUUUUGAAACCGAUUCAGUCGACGUUGGCACUUCUGAUUUUCGGUCUGCCCAUGAUAAAAAUGACACUUCCAAUAAUCGUUCGUUUCACGAAUUUGAUGAAGAUCCGGAUAAUUCAACUUCGGUUCAGCCACCGGGUUCCGGUAGCUCUGCUACUAAAUCAAGAAAUCUCCGACGAAAAAAAUCCAGGUUGAUGAAGAAAUACGGUCAAGAUGUGGAAUCUAUGCCAGGUGAUUUAUAUUUAGCUGAUAGACCGUAUCCAUCGGAUGAAAGCAAAGAUUUGAGUGAGGGACAAAGCUCUCUUCUUAGUUCAGAUAUAAUUAAAGUUGAACACCGCUACAAUGCGAUACCUGUACUAAAAAAUGCAGAGUUAGACGUUGAAUUUCCUCCGGGUAGUUUACUACGAUUUACCAUCAUGGACUUAAAUGUCAAUACCUACACGCCUGAGAUUUCUGAAAAGUCAGGACGAGUCAUUACCUCAAAUGAGAAAGAAGUUAAGAUCCAGUUAGACACGAAACAUCGGUACAAAAUUAAGUAUGGUUCUGAUGGUGAAAUUAUUCAAGGCCGUUUUGGAACCAUACCAGACGAGCAGCUUGUAGAGGGUAUCGUGACUUAUGGGUGGGAUCUUAUGUCAGACAUUCACAAGCUUGUACAGUCCUGA